ACUAUAAUCACGCAAAGAUGAAUAGACUUAAACUGAUGGGAUCAUUAGGGAAAGAAAAGAUUAGGCAAAGAAUAUCGCUUAUAACAUUGAGCCGUGAACGAAACUAUCGGAGGAAAUGCUGUGGUAAAUACCAUUUCCAGGAAAUUAUGGGAAAUGGUCUGAUCUUCAAUUAUUUCCUAAGGGACACACGGGGAAAAACAGUGUUUAUGGAUUUUCUGAGGACGGAGUUUAGUGAAGAAAACCUGGAGUUUUGGAAUGCAUGUGAGGAAUUUUCUAACUUGGACGAUGUUGAUGGUGCGAACCAUGACGCUGUGAAAGAAAUAUAUUCUACUUACAUCGCGCCAGGGAGUCCCAAAGAGAUAAACUUAAGCAGUGAUUUGAGGCAAAACAUCCAAUACAACAUGGACUAUCCGACGAAACAUUUGUUUUUUGCGGCACAAAAACACAUAGAAGGGUUAAUGGAGAAAGACAGUUUCACCAGAUUUACAAAACAGCAAUUGUGCUUCAAGUCGACUGUCCCUUCAUGA